AUGUUGAACAACAAAGUCAUUGUUUUGUUGUCUCUUCUGUCGUUCAGCUUGUUUGUUUCUACGUUGGCGUUGGCUGGACAGAAGAAUGGAUAUCAACGUGACUUGGCAGAUUGCAGAGACGCCUUGUUUACAGCUACUUCCACUACUGCUGCACCACCUGCUACAAUUACAGAUCCUACUGCACACCAAGUUCCCGCAGAAGAAACAACAACAGUUGCUCCUACAACACCACCACCAACAACAGUUGCUCCUACAACAACACCAGUUGAUUCUACAACACCACCACCAACAACUGGUCCUACAAUACCACCAAAUCCUACUGCACACCAAGUUCCCGCAGAAGAAACAACAACAGUUGCUCCUACAACACCACCACCAACAACAGUUGCUCCUACAACAACACCAGUUGAUUCUACAACACCACCACCAACAACUGUUCCUACAAUACCACCAAGUGAAACUAUAGAAGAAAACUAA